AUGCAGAAUAGCAGGACAGUUUGGGAACCACCUCCAAAAUCGGCUUUUAAGCUGAACUUUGAUGCAGCAAUUUUUUCUGAGUUGAACAGAAUUGGUGUUUGGGUUAUAAUCCGUAACUACAAGGGUGAAGUCAUGGCAGCCAUGUCCGCAAGAGGGCCAGCAAUAAAUAGUAGUGAGGAAGGUGAGCUGUUAGCAUGUCGAAAGGUUGUUGAAUUUGCUAUUGACACAGGUUUUUCCAGGUUGGUUCUUGAGGGAGACAAUGUUAAUGUAAUGCAAGCUAUUUCAUCGCAAGAAGCCAACAUAUCUCUGCUGGGGACUGUUGUGGAAGAUAUUAAACAUCUUAUUAGGGGCCUGCAGUGGGUAUCUAUUUCUCACACAAGGCGUAGUGGUAAUAAGGUGGCUCAUGUGUUAGCGCAACAUGCUAGAACUAGUAUUGAGGAUUUGUAUUGGAUAGAGGAUUCCCCUCCUCCAAUCAUUGAACAAUUGUAUCACGAUGCUUGCCUUUUAUAA